AUGGCGGACUCUUCAUUGCAGGACCGCCUGCGCGAGCACUCAAAGGCCUUUGACGGCCUCUUGUCUCUCAUCCCGGCCAAGAUGUACUACGGAGAAGACAACUCUGAUCAAUGGAAGAAGAAGAAGCAGACAAAGGCUGAGGCGAAGGCCGCGAAGACCGCAAAGCUCGACCCCGACAGCGAACUGAACCGCAACGCCAAAGAGGUCAUGGACGAGCGGGCGCGCAACAAGCGCAAGCUUCAGGAUAUGCAAGAGGAGGAAGACAAAGAAGAUGAUGAGCCUGUGCCCGGUGUUGAGAGGGAGCUCCCCGGCCAGGGUCUCAGACACAAGGAUAAUAAGAAGCAAAAGACUGCCGAGCCGAUUGAUACGAUUGAUGACGCCAACCCCGCCGAAAUGUCCCAGACGCAGCUUAUGAGACUCGCAAAAAAAGAGGCCAAGACGCAGAAGCGGCAGGAGAAGAAGGUGAAGAAGGCGGAGAAGAAGGCUGCCAAGACGGAGGCCGCCGCCGCCGCUGCUGCCGCCAAUGAUGAGGCAACCGAGGCGACAGAGUCAACGACCAAGCCUGAGCAAGGCACACCCAAGGCGACUGCAAAGUCCACCGUGGCCAAGAAGCAGGCUGGACCCAAGAAGAAGCAGCAGCAGCAGGAGCAGAAGAAGAAGGCUGAGGCCGCUAGCAACGAUCACGACAGAGACGAGGAGUACGAGACUGUUGAUGAGGAUGAGGUUUUUGAGGCCGAGGAGGAUGAUCAGCCUGUCAAGAUCAAGGACUUGCGCGCGCUCGACAUCUCCGGACUGAACCAGGACAAGGCGGCAGAAUCCGUCAGCAGCGACUCAACACCGCAGUCUCCCACUUUCGACACAGCCGCCGCCAACGCCGGCGCCGGCUCCAAUGAGGCGGCGAGCACCACCACCUCCACAAGCUCCACCGUCCCGCCCUCCGAGAAGCCCAAGCACAUCAAGCUCCCCGCCGACACCUCUGCCCUCCGCGCCCGUCUCGCCGCAAGGAUAGAAGCUCUGCGUGCUGCCCGCAAGGCUGACGGCCCCGAUGGCAAGCCCAUCCGCACGCGCCAGGAGCUCAUCGAAGCGCGCCGCGCCAAGCAGGCCCAGCGCAAGGAGCACAAGAAAGAGCUGCGCCGCCAAUUCAGGAUUGAGGAGGACGCUAAGCGCGAGGAGGCUCUCGCCUCUAACUCGCCAAGCGUUAUGUCGCCGCGUAUCGACCUAGACCGGGACGACGAGCCCGCCAACUUCGCGUUCGGCCGCAUCGCCUUUGAGGACGGCACCAAGCUGUCCCACGAUCUCUCGCACGCGCUGUCGAGCCACAAGAAGAAGGGCCCGUCGGACCCCAAGACGGCACUCAUGAAGGUCCAGAACCAGAAGAAGCGCCUCGCCGCCCUGGACAAGGAGAAGCAGGCCGACAUCGCAGAGAAGGAGCAGUGGCUGAUUGCACGGAGACGCGCCGAGGGCGAGCGUAUUCGCGAUGACGAGCAGGCGCUCAAGAAGGCCGUCAAGCGCAAGGACCAGAUGAAGAAGAAGAGCGAGAAGGCGUGGAAGGAGCGCAGCGAGGGCGUCGCCAAGGCCAUCCGCGAAAAGCAGAAGAAGCGCGACGACAACAUCCGCAAGCGCAAGGAUGACAAGCUCGCGCACAAGCUUGGUCGCAAGAGUGGCAAGAAGGUCGGCGGCGGUGCGAAGAAGGCGCGCCCUGGGUUUGAAGGCAGCUUCGGCGGCGGCAAGAAGAAGAAAUAA